AUGUCGCUUCCGUCCACAUACCGCCGCUCCGAGUCAAGCAUGCUCGAGCAUCAAACUUGGUGCAAUCGAGGGUUCGAGCCUACCGAGACGUCCCUCGCCAACAUGGUGAAAGCCCAAGGUCUUGUCCAAAAGUUCAAGGUUACCCAUCUGCUCUCAUAUCUUGGCCGGCUCAAUCCCAUACCGAUUGGCGUGUCGAAAACCGACGUGGUCUGGCUCUUCGAUAAUGUCGCCUUUCGCGGCCCAAACGGUUCAUGGCAGGCAGAGUUCGUGACUGCUGUUUUCGACGCGCGUAUAUCAACCAAGUUUGUUGAGGCUGUAGGCGACAUCGCCGAAAAAGUGGGUCUCUCCAAGGGCGACAAGCAGGAGAAGACGAUUGAGCAGCGCAUUACUCCUUUUCUCAUGGAGGUUCUGCCUGGGAGACGGGUCGAUAUCAAGUUCGGCGAGUCUACCGAGUUGCGGCUAGGUCCUGGAGGCAGGAACGGGAUCAGCAGUGAGCUGAAGAAGCUCCCCGACUCAAGUGCCAGAAGUGUGUCAAAGUCAGUGGCCGAAGUCCCAUCUGGCGCAGGAGGAUUGUUGGAAAUGACAACCUUUUAUACAGAGCCCGAGGGUUGGGCCGUUAUUUCUGAUAUUGAUGACACUAUCAAGAUCACGCAAACGAGUGAUCCUGUGGGAAUCCUACGGUCCACAUUUGUGGCAGAGCCAACACCAAUUGCAGGCAUGCCAGAGCUAUACUGGCAAAUUAAGGACAUAGUGACGCCGUCUGCACCGUGGUUCUACCUGUCGGCAUCGCCAUACAACCUCUACCCCUUCCUUCGGGAUUUCACUCACCGUUACUAUCCCCGGGGCCAGUUGGUCUUGCGAGAUGCCAGUUGGAUGACCAUUCCAGGGUUGCUAUCCAAUCUCACGCUUGGAACCCAAAGGUACAAGGUCGAUCGCAUGAAGAAGCUGUACGAGUGGCUGCCAAAGAAGAAAAUGAUCUGUAUAGGCGAUUCAACGCAAAGCGACCCCGAAGCAUAUGGCGAGAUGUAUAGGAAGCAUCCAGAGUGGAUCAAGCUGAUUCUCAUCCGGAAAGUUGCCGAUAUUGCGGCCAUCGGUACGGAAGCCAAGAAUGCUGCCAAGCGGUUCGAGGACGCGUUUAAGGGUGUCCCAAGAGAGGUGUGGCAUGUGUUUGAGGAUCCUGCCGAGUGCCGUGAGCAGGUCCAGAGAGUGGUCGGCUAAGGUAA